AAUAGAGAAGCUUUAUGUGCCUAGUAUAACAGAACUCAACUUGAUUCGGAUGUCCAGGCAUCACUUGGAAAAAAUGAUGGUUAUGCCAUGUUUUGCAAGUCUAGCAAUAGGCUGUUUUGUUAGAAUUGGAAUUGGCCAAAACGGGAAUGAGAUUUAUGUAGCUGCACAAAUAUUGGAUGUUUGUGAAACAUCCAACGUGUACAUGGUAGGAAGUACAAGAACGAACAAGGCAUUCAAAGUACGAAUCGAAAAGGAAUAUAAGGUCUUCAGAUUUGAAUUCGUUUCUGAUGAAGAUAUCAAUGGUAGCGAAUACCACCAAUGGCUAAAAACGCAUAUAGAUACCAAAGACCCUUUUCCAACCAAAGAACUGGUAAAACAAAAACAAAGAGAUAUAAGGGGCGGUAUGACAUAUGAAUACAACCCCCAAGAAAUUGAAAGAGCUAUCAAGGAAAGGGAGAGAUUUUACCAAAAACCACACAAUAUACGAAUAAUGAGGAGCAUAUUUGCAAAAGAAAAAGAAGCAGCAAUAAAAAAAAAAGAUUACGACAGGGCCAAUCAAUUGGACAUUAGGUUGGAUGAGUUGGAUCAAAUGUGGAGGAAUCUUGAAGAAGCCGCUAUUGCGCAGAAACACGCGGCGAAUAACGCAGAAGAGGCUUUUGAUCCUUUCACAAGACGUCCCACAAGACCUGCACCAAGAGUGGUACCUAAACCACCACCACAACCAAGAACGGCAGAAAGCAAUGAUCCUUUUAAAGAUCAUUUGAACAUUGGAUACAAUAUCAAAAUGGCCCCUCAACCAGCAUUACCAGUGGGAGCUGUUAAGGAGGCACCGAGACCAAAGGGAAGAAUUUUAGUACUAAAAAGGACCCACAACCUCGAAUCUCACGAGAUGGAAGGAUAA